AUGGCGAGCUGUGUGAAUUCUCCGGCGAUUACUCUGUGUCCGCCACGUGUCUCUCCUUCGAAGUCACUCCGCUGCAGCACCGGCUUUAACAAAUCCGUUUCGCGGUCAUCAUUUUCGUCCACCCGAAACGCCGUACUCUCUCUUCGCCGGAAGCAAACCGCCGCUACGUUUCAGGUUAUGGCUGUGGCGGCGGAAGAAGCGGAGCCUUUGAGAAUCAUAAUAUCAGGAGCUCCAGCUUCAGGUAAAGGUACACAAUGCGAGCUCAUUACUCAGAAAUACGGUUUAGUCCAUAUCUCAGCCGGAGAUUUGCUUCGAGCUGAAAUUGAUUUGGGUAGCGAAAACGGAAGACUUGCUAAAGAAUAUAUGGAGAGAGGGGAACUGGUUCCUGAUGAAAUACUUGUAAAGAUGGUAAAAGAAGCUUUGUCGAAGCAAAACGGAUGGCUUUUAGACGGAUAUCCGAGGAGUUCAUCGCAAGCAAAAUCCCUCGAGAGAUUUGGAUUCAAGCCUGAUUUGUUCAUUCUACUUGAAGUACCUGAAGAAAUUCUUGUUGAAAGAGUAAUUGGACGUAGAUUAGAUCCUGUCACUGGAAAGAUCUAUCACCUUAAGUAUUCUCUUCCAGAGACCCAAGAGAUCGCUGCUAGACUUACUCAACGGUUUGAUGAUACUGAAGAAAAGGUGAAACUGCGGUUGAAGACGCAUAACCGAAAUGUGAGAGAUGUGUUAUCGAUGUACCGAGAUAUAACGGUUAAGAUUAAGGGAGAUUGUUCGAAAGAGGAAGUGUUUGGUCAGAUCGAUAAGGCUCUAACCAAACUGGUUCAACAGAAGAAGAUUAGUAGUUCAAACCCUUCACUUGCAAGCUGA